AUGGCAGCCUCACUCCCACUUGAGCUUCUAGCUGAGGUAGCAGGGUAUCUUAAAAAUGCAGGUGCUUCCCUAGUUGCAUGUACAGCCGUCUGCCGUCACUGGCAGGCAGCGUUUGAGCCGUUCAUAUACUCCACAUUGAAUAUCUACAGUGAGGAUGGCUUCAAUGAAGGCGGGAUUUGCCUCGGACAAUUCCAGGAACUCAGUUCUGGGGCAGGAGUCGCAAGGCGAGCAUGGAUUCGUCAGCUGCAGUACUAUAUUGUUGUCCCCUUUGACCUCCCAGACUGGAACGCUCGUAAAGAGGAAGGCUACAGCACAAACAAUGCCAUUCGACAGGCAAAUGACACUGCAUUUCAAACAGCAAUCGUGAAUCUAUUCAACACGCUGGAGUCAUGGGAUAAGACUCGUCGCCUCUCUGUCUCUCUAGUUCUCCAAGGGCGUGAGCUAGGCCAGGAGCCUUCUACAGAAGAAGAUGAUGAAGCUGGACUGUAUACCUGGGACUACACAGAUGGGCGCACGCGGUCUGUUCCCGUAUAUCGCGCGCGAUUCCAUGAUAAUGGUGCAUCAAUUCUACGCGAUGUUCCUUGCAUAGACAAAAUAUCGCUUCCUCCCCAGAUAUGGGCUGGCGCGGCCAUGCAGAUUGCUCGCCACUGUCCGGAACUGACAGAGCUGCACUUAGACUUGGAUGACUAUAUCAGACCAGAUCAUCUGGAAUACAUGAAAGAACGGCGUCAAGGUGAAUGGAUCGUUCGCCCCACCCCAGAGCAUGAAGCCAUGAUCGCUGCGAUCGACGACUGGGAGGCAGAAAUCUGCGACUCUGAAAGAGGAUGCAUGCAGCGACCCAUCUUCGAGCAAGAGCAGUUCCAUCGACUAUUUAUCUCUUUAGGUUAUGCCGCCAGGCAUAUGCCUCGCUUGACGGCCAUCAAUUUUGAUCUCAAUCACUCGACCAAUCUGAAUUUCAGGUUCUCAAACACAACGGGCUCGUUUAGCGCCGAGUGGGAGCUUCGACUUUGUGAUUCAUAUAAACCUGAUGAUCGGGUUGCUGCAGCCUGGGAAUUCCACCUGGAUGAUCUGCUGGUGAAACAUGAUGGUUUGCAACUUAUUGCAACUUUACCACACUGGCCGCUAGUCGAGGGGAGGUCUAUGUGA